UACGAGAGAAAUAGCACAGACACAGCUUUUUUAUUUAUGAAAUAACACCGUUUCAAACAUUUUGGUUUCACCAGUGUUAAAUCUGACUUACAGUGGCCAGAUUUCACUCGCUUUUUUGUCGUUGUUAUUACCUGCCAAAUUCAAUGUGUUUGCCGGACUAACAGAGUUAGUUGAGUCUUGCAGAUGUUGGUGCGUCAAGAAUUGGGCAAGACUGGCCCAAUGUUUCACAGAGGAAUGACUCUACCGCCUUCGAGAAGAACGUUACUGUCCUCAAACUUGAAGACGCGAUAGUAAGUAAUGGUACGUUAUUUUCACCAAACAACAUGGACUUGGCGCGUAUAAAGAAGAAGGAGGGACGCUACAAGAAAGGUGUUCAAUUUAACAAAGAGAUGGAUGAAAUUGCUGUAAGAGAGAGACUCAUAAACGAUCUACCCAUUUUAAAAGAUAAAAGGUUUUGUUGUGCAGCAAGGAAAAGUCAGGGUAUGGCAGAACUUGACUUCGUUCGCAAUCCGCGCCGUGUUUGGGACGGUAAGACCAUUAGAAGAAGACUACCAGGCAGCUCGGCCCUGUUCAUACUCAUUGAAGAAGAUGAGGAAGAUUUCAGUAGUUUUCACGACACCGAAGUUGAAGACUUUGACCUGGACACAUUUGUUGGUGACAGACUCUUUGAGGAACAGAUUGGAAAAAAUGAAAAGGUACUUAAGCUUUUAUCAUCGACCAAUGACAAUCGAGGACAAAAUAAGUUACGGUCAAGUCAGGUCACAAAAGAUCUUACAGAUUCUUCCGGACAAACUGACAGUGGUGCUUGCUCAGAGGGUGAGCUUUAUUGA